CCAACCUUGCCCAAACAUUAACUCUUGGGCAUCAACCAAGCAAGAUUUUACUGACUUCCAGAGACACAACUUUUGGACCUUUUUUUUUUUACAUCUGAGCAAGAAGCUUUUUGAGGAAACAUGGUGUCAGCCAGCUGUCAGAUGUUGGGCACUGCCCUGUGCAUUAUUGGCUGGAUUGGGGUUAUCGUUACCUGCGCUCUGCCCCAGUGGAAAGUAACAGCCUUCAUCGGCCAGAGCAUCGUCACCGCUCAAACCACUUGGGAAGGCAUCUGGAUGACCUGUGUGAUCCAGAGCACAGGCCAGAUGCAGUGCAAGGUUUAUGACUCCAUGUUGGCCCUUUCCCGGGACCUCCAGGCUGCUCGUGCCCUCGUCAUCAUCUCUGUCCUGAUUGGCAUCGUCGGCAUCCUCCUGUCCAUGGCAGGGGGCAAGUGCACCAACUGCGUGGAGGACGAGAGCUCCAAAAUCAAGAUUGGCAUAGCAUCUGGAGUGGUCUUCAUUGUUGCUGGUGUUUUGUGCCUGAUCCCAGUGUCCUGGACAGCAAACACCACCAUAAGGGACUUCUACAACCCACUAGUGCCCCAGGCUCAGAAGAGGGAGCUGGGAGUUUCACUCUUCAUCGGCUGGGGGGCCUCAGCCCUCCUCAUCAUGGGAGGUGCGAUCCUCUGUGCCAACUGUCCUCCCAAGGAUAACUACUCUGCCAAGUACUCGGCUGCCCGCUCAUCUGCACCCAAGGACUACGUCUUGAGGAGCAAAACCGCCGAGAUGGUUUCUCAGGGGAUUCAGAUCAUCGGCAUUUCGAUGGCUUUGAUUGGCUGGUUCAUGGUCAUCGUGGUGUGCGCCUUGCCCAUGUGGAAGGUCACCGCUUUCGUUGGCGCCAACAUCAUCACGGCUCAGACCAUCUGGCAGGGCAUGUGGAUGAACUGUGUGGUGCAGAGCACGGGCCAGAUGCAGUGCAAGGUGUACGACUCCAUGCUGGCUCUGCCUCAGGACCUGCAGGCCGCCCGCGCCAUGAUCAUCAUCUCCAUCCUGACUGGAAUCUUUGGAGUGGUCUUGUCAAUCGCUGGUGGGAAAUGCACCAACUGCAUCGAGGAGGAGCGGUCCAAGUCAAAGACUUGCAUCCUGGCUGGAAUUUUGUUCAUCGUCUCUGGGUUGCUCUGUCUCAUUCCGGUCUCCUGGUCCGCCAACACCAUCAUCACCAACUUCUACAACCCGCUGCUGAUCGAAGCUCAGAGGUACGAGCUAGGAGCGGCGCUGUAUAUCGGCUGGGCGGCCGCUGCACUGCUGCUGAUGGGAGGGGGACUGCUGUGUUGGAACUGCCCGCCAAAACAUGAACACCCCCACUAUGUACCCACAUUCACACCUGUGAAGUCAGCCUCCACAUCAAGAGAAUACGUAUAAGAUGGUUUGCCCCUCUACAUGGACUCUCAAGUUCACAGGAAUAGCAAGAGGGAAACUUCACAAACAUAUAUUCACAUGUGAAGUAAAUAUGGCAUGAGUCCGACAAGCUGACCCAUGAGGUUCUAUUGCGGUUAGUGUUUCUCACGUUUUGUCUUUCAAAGCAGCGGUAACUAACGGCUGCAUUCUGUUUAGCUGUGUCAGCGCCCUGGGACUGUGCAUGCUGCUUGCCACAUCUAAAUGGAACAGCUGAUGUUUUAUAACUGAUGUUACCACUGUGCUUUUCCUGCUUUUCUAAUUCAAAACCAAAACAGGAACUUGGCUUAUGAUUAUGUUUUAUUUAAAUAUCUAAAAUCUAAAACUGAAAUAGCCUUUUGAAAUUUUGCAUUCACUGUACUCCUUGAUGAAUUACUAGGAUUUGUAUUGUGAUGAUAAUUAAUUUGUGUAAAUAUUUAUUCAGAUUGUUCCACAGUGUAACUAUCUUGAUUGUCAUUUAAUAUCUUAACAAAUAAUGACAGAAUAAAUAUCGCUUCCUUCAUGUAGAACUUAAGCUACUUAAGCAGGAUGAGUGAUUACAUCUGCCUGAAUAACAAAAGAGGGUGUCAGUAAUUGCUCUCUUUGUAAAACACUGUGCUUAGCAUUUUUAUUUAUUGUUCGUUUGCAAAUUCCAUAUUUAGGUCUAUGAACCUCUGAAUGCUUAAUAUACUGUAUCUGUGUUUGCUUGUGAAAGUUGUAAUUUUCUAUCACUGUAAAUAAAGCACAUUUGUAAUGGAAGG